AUAAUAGGAACAAUCAACAAUGAGGCUUUGGCGCAUAUUUGGGUUGCUGUUGCUGGUAGUUGGGCUUGCAGUUGCACACAAAUCUAGUGAAGAGUGCAACGAUAGCAAAGAAAGUAAACAAUGCAAGGACAGUUCAGAGGAUGGUGGCAAUACCGGUGGUGAAGGUGGUGAUGAUAAUGGAGGCGGUGAAGUUGAUGGAGGAAGUGGUGAAACAGGUGGUACCAGCCGGUGCACAGACAAAGCAGAUGGCACAAUUCUUCCGUCGUAUGAUUGCAGCAUGUUCGUAAUAUGCGAAGGUGGAAAGGAACUCGAAGAACCCUGUCGACCAGAUGGUACGAUGUUUGACCCGGAACGAGUCGUUUGUGAUUAUCCAGAAAAUGUAAAAUGCUGGGAAGGUGAUCUUUGUGCUGGCAAGGAUGAUGGUACGAUCGUUCCUUCGGAAAACUGUGCGAACUUCAUUGUUUGUGAAGGUGGACGCUUUGGAGAAGAAUUUACCUGUGUUCCGGAUGGAACUCUCUUUGAUUAUCAGCGUGGAAUUUGUGAUCAUCCAGCGAAUGUCAUCUGCUGGGGUUCCGAUGGCCCAAAUACAUGUGAAGGAAAAGCCGAUGGAGCGCUAGCCCCUUCAAUUGAUUGUUCAAAAUAUGUCGUUUGUAAGGGAGGUGUAAAGGACGAAGAAGUUCAAUGUCUACCGGAAGGUACUGUUUUCGAUCACGUCCGAGAAGUGUGUGAUAUUCCUGAAAAUGUAGAAUGUUGGGAGCCAGGAAGUGGAGGAAGUGGUGGUGAUUCAAACUCUACUACAGCAUUACCACCAACUAGACCACCACUAGAUGGAGAUAUUCCAAAAGAUAUUUGCAAGGGAAUUAUCGUCGAAAUUAUACCUCAUCCCACGGAAUGCACAAAAUAUAUAGUCUGUGUUAUGGGACAGCCAACUGUUGAGACUUGCGACGAAGAUGAAAUCUUCUAUCCAUCGAUCGGUGUUUGCGGGUAUGGUAAUACAGAAACCUGUGAAGGAGACGAAAAGUGGCUGUUUAGUUACCUUAGCGAGCAUGAGAUGAAGUAUGGAGUUACCGUCUGGAAUGAAUCAGUGAUAUUUGGUAACUGUCCACGGGCAAAUAGUUGGCAACAUUUGGCUAAAAUAAUAAUGAAACUCCUCGUGGUUUACACGAUUGCCCUGGUGGCAAGUAUCCACGCUGCAGUUGACACUGAGUGCGUUGGGAUUCGAAAUGGAAGCACCUUCAGGGAUAGGAAUGAUUGCUCCAAGUAUUACUCUUGCCAGAGUGGAAAAUUUGAACAGCAUAAAUGUCCAGCGCCGUUGAAUUGGGAUCAAGUUAAUCGUAUUUGUCAAAUACCAGAAUCGGUAUCUUGUGAUAUUGGACCGUUCAUUUCGGCCCCGGUACCUGAAAAACCUGUUUGGACAACUGCCCCAGUCAUCAUCACAACAAGGGUACCAAUAGAUGUCGAGAGUUCCAACGAUUUACCGCUGGAUGAGGGCAAAUGCCCAAAGAAUGGAGUUUCGAGUGUUCCUCAUAAGGAAAGUUGCUCCAAAUACGUCAUGUGCUUUGACGGCGUUCCGGUCGUGCAAGAUUGUGCUCCAGGAUUGCAUUUUGAUGCACACUCCAGUCAGUGCACUUAUCCAAUCUACGCCAAAUGUGGUCUUCAGGAUAGAAUAUGCCCAAUGUGGAACGAUCCCUACAGGAUGAUCUUUAUUGCAGAUAAAUUUGAUUGUGCCAAGUACUACUAUUGCUACAAUGGAGAGCCUCAUGAAAACAGCUGCGCUCAGGGACUGCAUUGGGAUCCAACCAACAAUUGGUGUACACCAGUUGAAAAAUCGCAUUGUUCCAAUUUCACUCCAUACAGAGAAGUAUACGAGCCUCUGCUGACUCCGAAAACAGUUUCUUGCAUGGAUGAGACCCCCCACUGGGUUGAACAUCCGAGGAGCUGCCGUCAUUAUUACCUUUGCUACAAGGGCAAGGCUAUGUUGAAACGCUGUGAUGAAGGACUAUUUUGGGAUAAUGAGGCCGGUUCGUGCAACUACGGUUCAAUUGCCAGCUGUAGAAAGUAGUUUCAGAGGAUAAUGUGAUGCAAUAAUAUCAUGAGAUGCAAGUUUUUAUU